AUGCCAAGGAGCAUUGGUAUUUCGCCUCCGAGUACCCUUGGAUCUGAUUCUUCGAUGCCACAACUCAACACACCUGUCAAAAAGCCCAUAAACACGAUCAUGGAUUACACACCUCGUUUCAGCAAGUUUCUUGCGGACAGCACCACGACGCAGACUCCUUUUGUUCAUAAACACGACAUUGUGCCGGCUGAGGAAACCGCCAUGAGACUGCGCGAAACUCAACGCCGCUUCUCACAAGGUGUCCCCCUUGGCGGCGAUGAAAAUUGUGCAGGGAUCGACCGACAACUUGUGCUGGGCAUCUACAAUGAAGCCCUGUCUAUACUAUCCAAGCUUCCAGACAAGCACACACAGAUAGCCGCCGAGUGUGCACGCAAAACUCGCGUUAUUCUCGGCAUCAUUUCCGCCGAUCCAGAUGACACGGUCUUCACCCUAGCUGGUCAGCUUCUCAAGCCGCUUGAGCCACAGUACGCCAAUCCGAGACUGGACACUGGGAUGGAUGGCUUCGGUGCUCUUGCGCAAUGGAGGCUGAAUGCUUGGCGAAAGGACGGUUGGCCUGAGCAGUACCCUGCGGGAGCAGUGAAGAAAGAAACACGGAGAGGAGACAGCCUAGUAGAUCACGAGGGAAAUCAGAGUAUGAAAGAUGGCAAAAUGCUUGAAGUGGUUUACAACGACGAAGAGAUGUGGGACGAAAACGGUUUGGAUUCUCGCGAAGAAAACGCUGAAGGAAAUAGGAAGAGCAAUAUGACGGCUCAAGUCAAGGGGAGGAGAGGGGAGGCGGCGACUCAAAUGAAGGGCAAGAGAAGAGAAGCUACUUCCGCUUCUAGCAGCAGUCGUCGUCGUGGCCGCUCUGGUCAUGUUAUCAUGGACUCGGAGGAUGAAGACUGGACCAAGGAACCAGGUGACGAUGUUGAUAGGACCAUGGAAUCGGUUGAUGAAGAUGACUGGUCCUAG